AUGGAUCUUUUCAAGUCACAACUAUCAACAAGAAUGACCACCACCAAUACUACCACCACCGAUUCCACUUCCACCACUCAUUCCCAUCGUUCGACCUCCAGCAUACAAAUUGUGGUCGAUUCCUUCCUCAAGCAAGUUCAACAAUACAGUGGCAUUGCUUUUAGUUUUUUCCUUUCGUUACAUCUUAUGAAUACCAUGACAGCCAUCCUCUCACAACAGACCUAUGACUCAAUGCAACAAUUAUUGAGAAGAUUCUAUCGUCCACAAUGGUUGUUGGGAGAUUAUGCAGAAUAUUAUGUGGUGUUGGGUCCUCUUGCUUUGCACAUGUUGAGUGGAGUGAGUCGUCGUUUAUUCACACGUCGUCGAAUUUUCAUCUCUCGAAAGAAGAUCCACCAAACAAAUUCCGAUGAAGAAGAAUGGAUCCAAACCAAAUCAUUGACAUCAUCUAAUGAAGAAGAAAGGAUCCAUUCCAAGUCAUUGUCAUUAUCCACUGAAACAGUCAUUACCAAAAUGUCCCAUUUCUUCAAUUCAUUCAUUUCUUCCAAAAUUUCAACAUUUUUGAAAAGAAUUUUCAAUGAACCUUUACAAUUACAUCGUAUUGCAGGAUACAUCUUGAUCAUCUUAAUGCCCAUUCAUGUGACUACCACUCGAUGGACCUAUCCCAUCAAUUCUGAAUUUUCACAAGUCACUUUUUCAAUGGAAAGAAAACCAGGAAUGGCCAUCAUGUUACCUUAUUAUACCAUCAUGUUAGUGAGUGGAGUGUAUCAUUUGUGUUAUGGAUUGAAUGCUGCUCUAUUUUCUUAUCAAUGUUCAAAAAAACGUUUAUUUACCAUAUUUGGAAUGGUGUUGAUAUUGGCUUUUAUUGGAUUGUUAGGAGCAGGAGGAGUGUUGUAUCCAGAUCGAAUUGAUCGAACGAAUUAUGUGAUGUGGGAACAACUAUAA